CUUCUUGCUGCAUCUACACUGACUCACUGAAAAGGGAACAUUUAAUUAGCGACAGAACAAUGAAAAUGCCUGACACUGAGAAGUCUUGCAGGAGGUAUGUGUCUGCUCUUUUUUUUUUUAAGUGCGUUUGUGCACCAGGUUAUUGGCGUCACUCAUUAUUCUGUUCCCGAAGAACUGGAGGAAGGCUCAGUUGUCGCCAAUUUAGCUUCUGACUUGGGUUUAGACGUGAAGACUCUGAGUAAACGGAAGAUGCGGUUAGACAUUAUAUCCAGCAAAAGAUAUCUGGAUGUGAACAAAGAAACAGGAGAGCUUUACAUCGUUGAGAGGAUUGACAGAGAGUAUCUCUGCGCAAUAAAGACCACAGCAUGUUACCUAAAAAUGGAGACUAUAGUGGAGAACCCACAGAGAAUAUUCUACAUAGAAAUUGAAAUAACGGAUAUCAAUGACAACGCUCCUCAUUUUCGACGAGACACCAUUAAGUUGGACAUUAUGGAAUCAACCCCAGCUGGUGAGAGGUUUUCUGUUAAUAACGCUGUUGACCCUGACAUUGGAUCUAAUUCAGUUAAAACAUAUCUUCUGGGCGAAAGUGAGCAUUUUGACAUAGAAAUUCAAACCGGAAGAGACGGAUCCAAAUUUGCUGAUUUAAUAUUAAAGACGGGGUUAGACCGAGAAAAGCAGGCAGUCCACAAUUUAAUCCUGACUGCUGUAGAUGGUGGAGUCCCCAGUCGAAGUGGCACAGCCAGUAUCGUUGUUCGUGUGGUGGAUACUAACGACAACGCCCCAACUUUCGAAAAAUAUAAUUAUGACGUUAAUAUUAUGGAAAACUCUCCAGUUGGAACACUCGUCAUAAAGCUGAAUGCUACAGAUUUGGACGAGGGGACAAAUGCACAGAUCGAAUAUACAUAUAGUCUGUACACAUCAGAAAAGACACAGGCAACAUUUAACCUGAAUCCCUCUACUGGUGAAAUUACGGUGAAGGGGAUGCUGAAUUACGAAGAUAUUCGAAAUUAUGAAAUGGAAAUCAUAGCAAUGGAUAAAGGAGUCAACAGUUUAUCUGGACAGUGCAAAGUAAAAAUUAAUGUCAAAGAUAUGAAUGAUAAUCAUCCAGAAAUAUCUAUUAAAUCAUUUCAGAGUCCUAUAAAAGAAAACGAACCGAUAGACACAGUGAUAGCAGUAGUUAGUGUCAGUGAUAAAGACUCAGGUGACAAUGGAGUGGUUGAUCUUCAUAUUCCAGAUAAUAUGCCUUUCAAACUGAGGGAAUCCUCUGAUAACUAUUAUGAAUUAGUAGUGUCAGAGCCAUUAGACCGCGAGAAGGUCCCGGAAUAUGACGUCACUUUCACGGUGACAGACAGAGGUUCUCCUCCUUUAUCUGACAAUGAAACUAUGACGUUAGAGCUGCUGGAUGUUAAUGACAAUGUUCCACAGUUCCCUCAGUCAUUUUAUACUAUCCGUGUGAUGGAGAAUAACGCACCUGGAGCCUUGCUCAGUUCACUCACUGCGUUUGACCCUGACCUCCAUGAAAACCAGUAUCUAGUUUAUUUCAUCCUAGAGAAGGAGAUAGCCAACACCUCCAUGUCCAUGCUGUUCUCCAUCAAUCCAGAGAACGGGAAUCUUUACGCACUGAAAACUUUUGACUAUGAGAUCGAGAAGGAGUUUCUUUUCCACAUCGAGGCCAGAGACUCUGGCUCUCCUCCACUCAGCAGCAACGUCACGGUCCACAUCAUUAUUGUGGACCAGAACGACAACGCUCCGGUUAUUGUGUCUCCGUGGCGCGCGCACGGCUCGGUGGUGGAGGAAAAGAUCCCCAGAUCCACCGAUAAAGGCUCUCUGGUUGCCAAGGUGAUAGCCUUGGACACCGACUCGGUGCACAACUCUCGGAUUACCUACCAGUUUCUACAGGUGACUGACGCCACCUUGUUCAGUCUGGACCAAUACAACGGAGAGAUCCGGACUAUGAGGAUGUUCAGUUACAGAGAUCCGCGUCACCAGAGACUGGUUGUUGUUGCCAAGGACAACGGGGAGCCUGCUCUCUCUGCUACAGUCACCAUCAAGCUGUCCACGAUGGAGACUGCCGUUAAGGCCUACUCUGACAUGACUGAGGUGCCUCUAGAAUAUGACAUCUUCUCAGACCUCAACCUGUAUUUGGUCAUCGGUCUGGGCUCGGUGUCAUUUCUCCUGCUCAUCACCAUAUUGGUCACCAUCGUGCUCAAGUGUCAGAAACCCAAGCCCAGCAAAGCGGCUCCUCCCUGCAGGAACAGUGUGAUCAGUGAGAGGAACUCCACCAUCGCAGAUUCCACUCUGGUCUCCAACGAUGCCUACUGGUACAGUCUGUUUCUAGCAGAGACCAGGAAAGGAAAGCUGGUGGUUAGACAGCCUGUGCCAAAGGGCUCCAGAUACAUCGUGUCCAGUAUACCGAGAGGGACAGGACUCACAGACACUAGUGACUCAGCACCAUCCACUCUGCAGGUACAGAUCACUCUACUGCAGUUUUAAUAAACCCCAUUCCUAACUUUAUGUUUGUGAAGAAAAGUCUUGCCUACUGUUAAUCACAGUUCACACUACACUGAUCAGCUUUCAGGUGAAGUGCACUGGCAUUUUUUGUUCGUUUCUUUUUGUUUUGUUAUAGUAAAUUUUGCCUGAAGCAAGCCAGAGUGAUAUAAAAACAAUAAAGAUAAUACAUUUUUCACCGUAAACAACGUCACACUUAAUACAGCAAUGAAUGGAUGCAUUUAAUGUAUCAUACUAGAGACACUGACAGAAACAACAACAAAACCACCAAGACCGUAUGAAAGCUGUGUAUCGCUGCACAGUAUAAAACCAUGUCAUGUUUUUUUCCUGUAUUACUGAUGUCUGUUUUUGUGUUUGCACUACGGAUACUUCCCGGCUCACUGUUAAAUACCAUAACAACAUUUCCCAUCUCUAAAUCUCUGUCUAUGUGGUACUUAAAAAAACCUUAAAAAUGUAAUUUUCAUUCAACAGGAAGAUCUGUCUACUAAAAUGAACGUAAAGAUCAAAACUUCUAAUAUCACCUUAAACAGACCAUAAAUGACAUUAAAUCAAUGAUAACAAAAGUCAGAAAAAAUCACCAGUGACAUAAAAAUAUAAUAGUUAAUAGCAACCAAACUGAAGAGAAAAUGUUGCACCUCAUAAAAUAUCUUGCAGCGGUUUGUAUUUAAAGGUUUUACAGAGAGACACUUGCUAAAACGACUUUUCAUUUGUAACUGCUUCACAGAUAUUAUUGUGUGACUGUUGACUGUGAUGUAUAUAUCAAGAGAGUGGUUGUGUAUGAGUGUUUUAUUCCCUGCAGAUUGGUUUGUUGUGUGUAUAUCAGGGGAUUGGAUGUCAUCAGUGUUUUAUUCCCUGCAGAUCAACUGAUCUAUCUAUCUAUCUAUCUAUCUAUCUAUCUAUCUAUCUAGGUAAGUAUACUGCUGGAACAUGAACAAUGAUAUUGCUAUAUACAUGACUGUGUUUUAACCCACUUUUAUAGAGCAGAUUGUAACAAGCUGCAGUAUGUGUUAUAAAGGGUCACAUUAACCAUGCUUAGUCUGUGGUAAAGAUAACAUUUCAUCCAUAGUGCCUCUACACCAACUCUGUGAUCACAUACACAAAUCAUCCUUUUUUGUGCUUGCAAUGACCUGACCAUUGAACUGCUUGUUUUUUUUUCUCCCCACU